GAAGCGUAUCAACGUGUCAACAAGGUUCAUAAGAGCUGCCAGCUGGGUGACAAAUCUAGCGGCGGCGGUGGUGGUUGCGGAAGUAGAAAAUGGACGGAGUAUCUGCCGGUGCUGCAAUGGGGACUCAGGCGAGUUUGGCUUCCAGAAUGGUUCUGACCGCUUGCUCCGUUGUCUCUCUGCUCUUCAUCUGCUAUGCUUCUCACUUCUAUGAGUACACCUCUUUCUGGCUUUUGGCCAUUGCAAUGGGGUUGCAGAUACCAUGGAGUUUGGCAUUGGCAGUUGCAGAUUGCUACUUUAUCUUCUUCCCCAGAAAUCAAACUCGGCUACCUUGGUUCACUCUUGCCAUUAUUUCAAUGGAUUGGAUAUUUGCAUUCCUUUCUCUCGCCGCAUCCUCGGCAACUGCCAGCACAACAUAUUUCCUGUUCCCCACCUGUGAGAUCACAGCAUGCCACCAUUAUCAGAUGGCGUCUGCAGCUGGCUUCUUAUGCUAUGUGCUCCUCUUUGGCUGCUCUCUAUCCAAUCUAUGGAUCCUUCCAUGGCUAUUAUGAUGAGUUAAACACUUGUACUUCUUUUUACUGCCUUAAAGACAUUAGACUUAAAUUCAUUACCUGUUCAUAAGCAAAAAUAAAACUGUACAUUAUUAUGUUAAUCAUUUGUAAUAUUGCUGUUAAAGUAUAUCUGUAGCCGUUGUUAGAUAA